AUGACCUGUUUCAAUAUACGUCUGGGAGAUGGCUGUACGUCCUUCUCUCUUUACAAUGAGCAUGUACGCUUGUCGGAACGCUACCUCAAAUUCGACGUCUCCGCCUUGAAGAAUGUUGCAGCUCUUGCUUCUGGCUAUGCCCCAUCUGACAUCGCCGCCUUUUCCAGAUUGUCAGAAGGUGGGUUUAACCGCAUCUUCCAGGUGACUUUGAAAGAUGGCAGGUGUGUCAUCGCAAGAUUGCCGUAUCCAUCAACCGUACCUAAGCGCUACGCUGUGGCUAGCGAGGUAGCAACUCUGGAUUACCUCCGGCUGCAUGGAAUUCGAACACCCAAGGUAUGCGCUUGGUCUUCGACAAAUCUGAAUCCAGUUGGGUCUGAGUAUAUCAUUAUCGAGAAGUUGGGUGGCACCCCUCUCGGUGAUAUAUGGUAUUCGAUGACACAAGAUGACCGGCGUAAAAUGAUGAAACAGAUUGUUGAGUGGGAGACACGACUGAUGUCAUUGAAGUUUCCUGCUUAUGGAAGCUUUCAGAAGGAUGCUGGGUUUUGUAUAGGGCCCAUAGCACAUUAUAAUAGGUGGCUUGGUGAAAGAAGCACAAUGUUAAUCGACAGAGGACCGUGGCUGUCUUCUACCGAUAUCUUUCGCGCUGUUGGUGAGCGGGAGUUGGUUUGGACAAAAUCUCACGCGAAAUCUCGCGUGCCCUAUGAGCGUCUGUAUAGAGAGACCUAUCAUUUUCGCAAAGUCUCUCCGGAUCCCCAUAUUCAAAACCUUUCCGAUUACCUGAAAAUCGCACCUUUCCUUGGGUUUGGGGCUGAAACAGCACUGCAUCGGCCGGUUAUACGACACCCUGAUUUUCAGCCAAAUAACAUUCUCGUGUCAGAUUCACAUGAGAUUCUACCUCCUAACUUUGACUCCCUACCCGAGACUGAACAGGCAUAUAUGCGCGAGAUUCUUCGAAGAAGAAUGGUCCAUUUUCUCUAUGCCAUUUUCACCAAGGAACUGAACGAAGAACAUUAUGAUGCGAUAUUCGAUGACAUCAACAUUGUACGCCAGCGAAUUCUAGAGAGCGCAGGCACACCCUGGGAAGGGGAUUCGGUUACUCUGCGGGUUGAUAUCAUGCGUGCCAUACAAAGCUGGCCAGGCUUUUUCGCCGAGUUCAUACACUGCGUGCCUCCAGUACGAUACCCAGAUAAGGACGCCGAUGACGCCCUUGAGCAAAUGCGACAUGCUUUAAAUGCGGAUGUGCUGGGUUGGGUGCCAAAUAGUGAAUAUGAUGAUGCGCGAAAAUUGGCGCAGGAGAUGAAAGACAAAAUUCUUGAAGUGGUUGAGACUGAUCAUGAUAUUACUGCAGCCCGCGACCACUUUCCCUUUGAUGACUUCGACGAGGAUGUCUGAAAUACCUAGAUCUCGUGUGAUAGUAACGAUGCUCUUGCAUGACACGACAAUGCCUUUAGGACCCCACCUCCGGAAGUAUCUAGGCAAGGGAUCUCAUUGGCUUAAUCUG